AGCCAGAAAAAAAAAAGAAACGAAAAACGAGAUUUCGAAUUUUGUAUUCGUCUACCGAGUGAUGGCGCCAAAGUUGCGGCUCACUGCCGACGGAGAGAAGGAAUAACUCAAAACUUUCAGGCUUCACGGAGAGUAGCAUUGGUCGUCUGCUGAAUGGUUCAAGGUGACAUUCAUAGGAUAAGAAAAAUGUUAGGAGCUACCCUGAUUGGGACGCCUGGGGUGCCAUCGGCAUGGGAGUGUUCCUCCAUGAUGUCUUCAAAUCAACUUGUCGUGUGAUCAACAAACGGAUGAAUCAAUCAGAGUUGCGCAUCCUGUGGACUACAAAAGACAAACAUUGCGUUCAAGACUUGUGUUUGUCAAUGACGUGAGGCCUGGUUAAUAAGGUCAACACAUUUCUAAGGCUUGACACAACUGUCAACAGACAGACAAUUAUGAGGCCGCCUUUGUUUUCUACAUCUUGAUCUGUUUUUAUUUGGCAAAUUUUAUGUCUUUGUUCAUAUAAGCUUGCUUCUCAUCAUGUUAAUGGACAUCAGUCGUUUUCUUCAUUUUAAUGUGAUCAAAUAUCAUAUUAACUCUUUCUUUCCUAACUGACGAUACCAACGUUGAUUCCAUCAGAAUGUGUUAAAUAAUAACGGAGAAAAAGAGUUAAGGAGCAGCGUACUUUAUGUGUCAUUUCGGACUUUUCAAUAGGAUAUAAUUCAUUGUUUUACUAUUUGUUUGAUUCCAUUGUAAAACAUCGUGUUCAGAAGUCUUUGUAAUCAUUUUAUUGAUUCAUGUAUCUUCAGUUCACGAAUAGAUCCAGGAACAAUGCAAGAUGAUAUAGUAGAUAUUGACCUCCACUCUCGUGUUGACCUUUAACCUUACUGACCAUUCGGAUUUAGUUUUUAGAGGAUGGUGAACAACGGAUACGCCCCUGUGAUGAUCGUGGUAUCAAGAAACCUGAGCUCCCACUUGAUGGCGAACGGAACGCUGGACGAGAGCGCCACGUACUCCAUGGAGUCGGCUGGGCUGGACAACACCACCUCGCUGAACCUGAGCAAGUUGCCCUACCCGCACACCAUUGAGUACAAGCCCAUGCUGGAGAUGAUCUUCAAGACGCUCCUGUAUGUGCCCAUCAUUGUGCUCACCAUCAUAGGCAACACCAUCGUCAUUGCUGUAGUGGCCAAAAACAAACGAAUGCAGACCACCACUAAUUACUACAUCGUAAACCUGGCGGUGGCAGAUUGCCUCAUAGCCCUCACCUGUUCCUGGACCCACCUUGUGGAUGAUCUGACGCCAUUUUGGGUUCUGGGCGGAUUUUUUUGCACUUUUAACGCCUUCUGUCAAGUGUUGAGUUUAAUGGCCAGUGUGUUCACCUUGACAUUCAUAGCCUGCGACCGCUUCUUCGGUAUUGUUUAUGCCAUGAAGGCUCACUUCAUUGAACGGAGGGCCAGUUUUACCAUUGUAUUGAUUUGGCUGCUCUCCAUCGCGGUGGCCUCCCCUUUGAUCUUCUACCGCGGCUAUCAGGAGGUUCAGUGGAAGGAUGUCACGGAGUCUUUCUGUAUGGACACAUGGCCUGUGAAUAUCAUCCAUAAUCCAGAGACCAAAACCUCCAUCGUUGAUCAUCGGGCCCGCCGCACUUAUUUCAUGUUCGUCUGCGUGGCCCUGUUCUUCGUCCCGUGCCUGGUCAUGUUCUGCGCCUACCUGGUCAUUAUCGUCACUCUGUGGUCAGCCCAAGUUCCAGGGGAGAGAAUUAGCAAAGAUAUCAAGUCUCAAACGAAAAUGAGAAAAAGGGUCGUUGUGAUGCUUGUGAUCAUUCUGACCGUAUUUAUGAUCUGUUGGAGCCCGCUAGUCGGCUCUCUCAUCUACGCAGAGUUUGUACAUGACAACCUCCAUCAGUUCGCCCAAUGGUAUGCACCUUACGAGUUUUUCUCCAAGUACCUAGCCCAUUUCAACAGUUUCAUUAACCCCUUCAUCUACGCAGGCUUCAACAAUAACUUCAAGAAAGGUAAGAGACGGCUUUCAGAAUCUUUGUCGCGGCGGCGACACACGUACUCGCUACAACACUAUGGUGUCUCGAGUCGACUCCUUCCAGAGCUCCACUCACAUGACCAAAGUGUAAGCGCCCCCCAGACACGAAAUCAGCGCGGGGCAGCCCCCACCAACUGCCACAGAGUCUGAUUUCAGCAAUUUUUGACAUUCAAAAAAACAAAAAGUACAGAGGAUAAUGUUGGCAUGAAAUGCGGUUGGUGAAAAUGAGGGAUUCCCCUCAAUCUACGUCAUUUCCUGUUCUGAAACUCGACGGGAGAGUCUGGGCUUAUCGUCUGCUAAAUUGAGAGAUCAUUACUGACAGGAUUUAAUUAGGCCCGAAACACAAGUAACAUCUGAAGAUGGAUUUCUUUUAAAUCUUGCGGGGGAAAAAAUGUGCUUAUUCAGAUUGUACAUAAAAAAUAAAAACAGAAGCUAGACUUGACCUUUGACACUGAGAUUAAGAAUAAAGUCUUGAAUCACGUGUCAAAACUUGAAGUCACAUGAUCAUAUUCGUUAAAUACUUGCUGUGAAAUGAUUGUUUGUUAUUGUUGUUGUUUUGUUUGCAUGCUAAAAUAGAUUUAUCAUAAACGUUGAUUUUCAUUGUUUAUGUUAAAUGUCAAUAAAAAGAAUCAGUGUAUUACCAAAGCUUGGUAAAUCUCUGAUCAGCUUAGGUUUUUUUUAUACUUGUUAUUAGCUUCUAAUGAAAUAGUUUUUUGUCCGGAGAUAAAGAACGAGUAAAAUAUUUCACACCUAGUAUGUGACCUACUUCCGUAUUUUAUUCUCCCCGCUUUUGUUUCGUUUCCUUUCUUUCCACAUUUGCAAACAAUUAUAGAUUAUAGAUGAUCUCUCCCCGAGUGUUGGAAUUAAUUAUGUCAUUAUGCCCAAUACUUAUAUGCAUAAUUGAUUAAAAGCGAUAAACUUCUGUGGAUCCUUGCAAAGAGUUGUAUUGCAAUGACUUAUUUAGUGUAGGUGGUACAGAGAUGAACAUAACUGUAUUAUUGAAUCUCCCAGAUCUGUUCCGCUUUCUAUUAUCGCCAUCAGGAUGUUAUCUCGCGCAGAGGCUCCCUCUCCCCUCCCUUUACAUCACUCCAUCCACUCCGCUCUAGCCAGGCAUCUGACGAAAGGGUUAUAAUUACUGUGAUAAAAGGGUUAGAAAUCGAUCCAUUAGUAAAUAAUUAAUAGCAUUGGAAUCGAUUAUUAUUUGUUCAGUAGUUAUAGUGUUGUCAGAUCUGUAUUCGUUCCAGGUAUUUAGAAUAAGAAGCUAAGUUAUUAUGAAUGUUAUUAUAUUGUUAUGUGAUAAUCAAAUAUCGGGACUGGUUUUUUUUUUUUUUUGUUAGCAGUGUUACGAAAUAGUCCUAUUGUUACUGUGGGACUGUCAAUAACUUUAAUGUUAUGUAAUGUCAAUAACAAUCAGAAAAUCAUGUCUAUUAUCUGUAUAUCAUAAAACAAAGUGACAUCAUCCUUCUUAGUAAUAAAGUCUCAUGAUGAUUGG